UUUUUCUUUUAGUUGCACGUACAUAAAAUUUUGAUAAUUUUUGAUAAAAUAAUAAAACUUUACACAAAUUAUUCUAAUUUAAAUAUCAAAUAACAUAUUAAAAAAAGAUUUUAAAUUGAGAAAAUUUCUGAAAACAAAUAAUAAAUCUCUUGGAAAAGAAGUAAUGGUAAAAGCAUAAGCAUUCGAUAAAAUGCAGUGGGAUAGUAGCACAAAUUCUACUGACUUGGGAGGAAUCUUAAAAAGAAGGAAUACAAAGCCAGAAAAUUCUAAUACCAGCAAAGAUUUGCUCAUUUUUGGAUAUGCUGCAAAAAUUUUCAGGGAUGAUUCGAAAGCUUUAAUUAUAGACCAAGGAAAACAUUUGUUAGAAUGGAAUGGCGAAAAAAUAGAUAGAUACGAUGUGAGGGCAACCUUAUUGGAUUCAAGUCAGCUGGAACUGCCACCGGGUGGAUAUGGGAAUCGACUAGAUUAUUUACCAGCUGAAGAGCUACGUGCAGAACAAUUAGCGGAAGAAGAACGUUAUUACGCAUUGAAUCAUAAUGAAGAAGAAGAACUAAUGUAUCAAGAGGAGGAGUUAAAACGAUUGCUUUACGAAAGGAAAGCGACAUAUGGUCAAGUUAAAUUCGACUAUAAUUCUCAACCAUUUAUGAAUACUUCUGAAGAAAAUUUUGAUAGUGAGCAAGUUAAAGUUGAAGAACCAGAAAAACCCUACGUUCAACCUAGAAAUCUUAAUAUACCAUAUUCUGUCCUUUUGCCAGAAACAAUGAAUCAACACAUAAUAAUAGAAAAAACGGCUAGGUUUAUAUCUGGACAAGGACCGCAAAUGGAAAUACUUAUAAAAGCCAAACAAUCUAAUAAUCCUAAAUUCGAGUUUUUAACACAAAGUAAUAAAUUCAAUCCCUAUUACAAAUUCAUCUUGAAUUCUAUAAAAGAUGGAACAUAUCCUUCCGCGGAAGAUGUUUCGUCCGAAGUAUCCAAUAUUAUGGAUAAAGUUACUGACUCAAGAAAUAUCUUGAGUAAUGCUGAUAGCAAAAGUACAUCAUUGAAUGAGCCCAUCGUACCAAAUAUUCCAUAUAAACCUUCUCCAAAUUGUGCUUAUACACAACUGAUCAGUAAGAUCAAAGGAGUACCUCUUCCUGAAGUACUGUCGAACAUUAAUUCGAAUUCUAAAAAGUUAGAACAAGAAUUAGAUGCAAAGGUUGUUCCAUGUGAAAAGCAGAGUGAAGACCGGAAUUAUGGGACAGUAGAAAUUAAAAAUAUAUCCAGUGGUUUAAUGUUGGCACAAGCUUACGCAUCUGAUAGCGACAACGAAAGUGAGAACCAUGAUAUUUCCUCUAAAAACGAAUCAAAGGAUUGCGAUUCAAAUUUUGGAGCUCCACCUGAACAUAUUCAAACCGUAAUUGAUAAAACCGCAACUUAUGUUGUAAAGAAUGGAAAGCAAUUUGAAGAAACAUUAAAACUGAAGGGUGAUGAAAGAUUCAUGUUUCUAAACGAAAAAAAUGAGUAUUACCCUUACUACAUGAAUAAACUUCUUGAAUUAUAUUCACUUCUACCACCUCAAUCAAAAAAGAAACGUAUAACUCCAGUUAGUUUUUCUAUUAAAUCGAAGGAUGAAACAUCUAUGCCGAUUAAACCAGUUUUGCCACAAGAAGGCAGCGAUGAUGAAUCUCAGCAGAAAACGGACAAUCAAAAUGAGCACAAUCACGCAAUUGGCAAUAAUCAGCACAAUUCAAAUGAUCUUCCUGAAAACGUGAAGAGAGCAAUUCAAUUAGUUGAAAAUCAGUUAGUAGCUAGAAACAAUGUUCAAUCUUUGUUAUCGAAAACAACCUGUCCAUACACAAGCAAUAACAAAGCCGCUCUAGACAAUGCAAUAAGUUCUAAAAACAUACCACCUUCUAGUUUGACUAACUGCACUACGUCUUUAAACCAAAGAAACACUGUAGAUAAACAAAAAGAAUUAAAAUUAGCUGAAGAAAAAAUAAAAGACAGACUAGCUCAGAUUGCAAGGGAAAAACUUGGGCUUAUUUCUAAAGAAAAACAAUUGCAACUUGAACGAAAGAAAAAAGCCAUUGCUUUUUUAAACCACAUUAAAGAUUGUAAUAAUUCAUCUGCUCUGAGUAAGUUAAAAGAGGAGAGCAGUAAUUCUGACAAUGAUUCCGUACACUCAAUACCUAUAUCUUCUUAUGAAACUAAUGAAAUGGAAAAAAAUCCACCAAAUAUAUAUCAGUCAAAACCGUCGUUUUCUUAUGAAAAAAAAGAUCAUAACAAUGACGACAGUGAUGUAAUAUCCUCUAGUUCUGUAGACUCCGAAAAUGCAAAGUUUCUUAAAAGGAAAGAGCAAUACAGCCCUCAUCACACAAAUUCAAGAUCAAGGUCUCCAUCACACAAAAGAAAAAAGUCUAAACACCAUCAUCGACAUCACAGCAAAAGAAAAUCAAAAAAAAGGGCACGUAGUCGCUCCAAUAGUAAGCAGCGAUCUAUAACUCCUUCUUUAGACCGACGAAAACGACAUAGGUCAAUUUCUUCAAAGAAAUCGAAAAAACAUAAACGUGAAAAAAUCUUUUAAAAAUAGUGUACAUACAUACUUACAUGAGUUGUUUGAUUUAUUAAAAAACUACAUAAUUAAUACAGUAAUCUAUACUAAUUUUUAAAGUUAGAAAAAAAAAGAAAAAUAUUAAGAUACUUAACUUUGCAUAUUUUUUUAUACAAACACAUUAAAAUAUGAUAGAAUUAAUUUUAAAU